GGUUUAUGCAUCAAACUAAGUAAUAAUACAUGAGAUAAUGGCCCUAUUUGUUGUUCUUCUUAGUUUGCUCCUCACAGGCAUCUACUGCCUGGAGGAGACGGUGUACAAUGCUCCUAACCGCAAUGUUGACUCUCAAGAUAGGACAUGGGAACAAACCCCGUGGUACGCUCCAACCCCUGGUAAUAUCGAACACGAACGUACGCCAUCCGUGUACUCCUCUUCCCCCAACCAUAGACAUAACGAACCGUUGACAUCGUCACGCCGACCGACGCUCAGUCAGCUUGGCUUUCUGAACGAAGAUGACUGCUUUGGUGGGGGAGCACAUGACGCAUAUGCAUCAUGUAUAAACUAUGUGAUCAAAUGGAAAGUAAAACUGAACAAUCGCGGCCUGGCGAGGGACACCGAGCAAGACCUAUCUUUAAAACCCAGUUCAUACUGGCAACAGAUCAAAGAAAAAGCCGAACGCGUUCUCCGUCAGAAAAAGCCCCGUAAUCAUCGGGUACGCCUGGAUGAUAUCGAGAUUGUGAUGUCUAUUAACGAUCGGUCACAUCGUGACCUUACUAAGCGUUUCGAAAAGGACAGCAAUGAACCAAGAAUUGACAAACGAAAUAGUUCAUCGACAACCAAGCGGAUGCUCAACGAGCGAGAAGACCGCAUGGAUGCUGAAGACUUCGCUGGCCAGCCAUCGGUGUGGCGCAAUGUAUAUAAGACGAUGCGUUGUCCUGGGCCUCCAUGCCACCAUGAGGGGCAGUACUGCUGGCAGGAUCCCAUCGGGAAAAAGCAUUACCGACUCAGAACGCAUCACCUGAAGACCCUCAUCAAGUAUAUAGAGCAAGGCGGGAUUAUCGAGACCCACGAUGAUAUCCCUGACAGUGUCCGCGACCAGCUGUAUGCAGAAGAGCAGCAGCGAGCUGAAAAGCAACAGAGAUCCUCCGGUCUUUCUACAAGUGCGGCAGUGUUACCGCCAAUCAACAUCAAUGUCCUCCUGACUCCUCAACACUCUGUCUCUACAGCAAAUGACAUGGAGGUAACUUUAAGAUCUACACCCACAGAGGUCAUUGACAUUCCCGGUCCAUUGGAGGCAGCACUGGAGGAAUAUACUGAGUGGCAGCUAUCGCGAGUGGAAACUGAACAAUUCAUCCAUAACAUCAAGAAAGCACGGGAUAUCGCGUUCGAAAAUUGCCUGGACCUGAAGCAGAUUUGCACUGAUAAGAAUCCGGGAUAUUUCUACGAACAGGGUGUGAAGAUUGGUGCUGCUCGGAGGUUUGUUAAUGACGUCCUGCUUUGGAUUGAGGAUCGUAAGCAAAAAGAACUUAUUGCAGCCCGGGAUAUCUGGGAUUGAUAAGACAUCAUUUAGACAAGAUAGGGUCUCAGAAGGAGUCACCUGCAUCACCGUGUUGAAUACAAGUCAUAGGAUGAGUUUAGGAGCAAUGAAUCGCUGUCUAAGGUC